CAAAUCCAACUGUAUUUUCUGUCUCUCUCUAACAGCAAUCACCUUGUCCCGCGAAUCUCGCUUUCUAUUCCAACAAGUUUCUCUCUACAUUUUGAGUACAAGACUCAAAUUCAAUGAAUUUUCCCUUCCCCAUUUGUCCUGCUUUGCUCAUGUAUCUCCAAUACAGAGAAGAAUGCAAGGGGGACAGCUAAGCAAGAUUUCGCUUGCAAUGGCCGGCGGAGGCGAGCCGGCGCUACUCGACUUGGUGCAGGAAAUCUCUGCAUUCUCCGUUGGAAGCAAUGACGGUAAAGAACCGCCAUUGUUUAAGAAGGAUUGCACGGAUCUGGUCCAUCGGAUUGCGUUGUUGACUCAUUUACUGGAGGAGAUUAGGGACUUCAAGGAGAAUUCUGAGCCGUUCGAUGUGUCUACUAUAUCUGAUUGGGGAUCCGAUCUGCUACUGGGGCUUCAAGCCGCUAAGCGCCUGCUAUCAUUCGCGAGCUCCUACAGCUCUAAGAACAAUUCUGAUGGAGCGGGCAAGAGAAUUGCUUUUCAAUUUCAAUGUGUGACGUCCAAAUUGGAGAAAGCGCUUGGCAACAUACCAUAUGAACAUUUUGACGUCUCAGAGGAAGUUCAAGAACAGGUUCAAUUGGUGAGAACGCAGAUGAGGAGAGCUGCAAAAAGAUACGGGUGUAGUAAUGCGAAAAUGAUCUCUUACGCCACAUACCAGCCAUUGGACGGAAAAUUGGAUCGGGUACAAUCAAGCAAGAUGAUUGAGCAUAGUGCCAGUAACAACCAUGAAGUUACAGAGAAGUUGGACAUGGUUCCCGAAAGUAAUGUUCAUAAGAGCGGAGGAGCAGAUCAGAUGGUUAAUAUACCGGAAAGUGCAAAGAACUCUUUUACAUCAUCUGAUGUCUCUUUGUCGAAGGACAUUGAUGCUGCCAAGCAAGAGAACUCAUCAAGUACAAAUGCAGAGGAAGUAAAAACACAAGAUGUACUUGUAAUCCCUGAUGAUUUUCUGUGCCCUAUUUCUUUGGAACUAAUGAGGGAUCCUGUUAUUGUGGCCACUGGACAGACAUAUGAGAGAUCUUACAUUCAAAGAUGGAUAGAUAGUGGCAAUGCAACAUGCCCAAAAACUCAGCAGAAGCUAGAAAAUUUAACACUAACCCCCAAUUAUGUUUUGAGAAGUUUAGUAACUCAGUGGUGUACUGAGCACAAUAUUGAGCAGCCAACUGGAUUAUCAAAUGGGAAGAUGAAAAAGAUCGAUGGAUCUUUUCAUGAUGUUAGUGGUGACGUGCAAGCCAUCCAAACACUCGUUCGCAAGCUCUCAAGCAGGUCAAUUGAGGAGUGUAGAGCUGCUGUGGCAGAAAUCCGAUCACUAUCCAAGAGAAGCACAGAUAACAGGAUACUCCUGGCAGAAGCAGGAGUAAUUCCAGUUUUGGUUAGCCUUUUAACUGCAGAUGACAAUUUGAUACAGGAAAAUGCAGUUACUUCCGUUCUUAACCUCUCCAUAUUUGAAAAUAAUAAAGGCCUAAUAAUGCUUUCUGGUGCUAUUCCUUCGAUUGUCCAAGUCCUGAGAGCUGGAAGCAGGGAAGCAAAAGAGAAUGCUGCAGCAACCCUCUUUAGCUUGUCACUUGCAGAUGAGAAUAAAAUAAUCAUUGGUGCUUCAGGUGCAAUUCCUGCAUUGGUAGAAUUGCUCCAAAAUGGAAGUACCCGUGGGAAGAAAGAUGCUGCAACAGCAUUGUUCAAUCUGUGCAUCUAUCAAGGCAACAAGGGUCGGGCUGUAAGGUCAGGGAUUGUUACGGCACUGUUGAAGAUGUUGAUAGAUUCAAGAAACUGCAUGGUUGAUGAGGCUCUGGCUAUAUUAUCAGUUCUUGCUAGCAACCAAGAGGCUAAGGUUGCUAUUGUAAAGGCUAGCACCCUUCCUGUUCUGAUAGAUCUUUUGAGAGCAGGUCUGCCGCGCAACAAAGAGAAUGCAGCUGCGAUCUUACUUACUCUGUGCAAGAAAGAAACUGAUAAUCUUGCCUGUAUUAGUAGGCUAGGUGCUGUCAUGCCCUUGACGGAACUUGCUAGGAGUGGCACGGAGAGAGCCAAGCGAAAGGCCACUUCAUUGUUAGAACAUCUUCGUAAGUUACAGCAGCCAUAGCUGCUCAAGUGAAGCAAAGAGCUUUUCUAACUUAUUUUCUAGUUCUUUUAAUUUAUUAAUUCCAAUUAUUUGACUCUGAUUGCCACACCAUACCUUUGGCCUGUGAGCUGAGGAUGAAAGCCAUUCUCAUUGCUUUCUUUAUAUUUAUUUCAUUUGAUUUUUCGUUCCCUGGUGUAAAAAUUACAUUUGAUCUAUGAAUUUCAUCAUUGAAGAUUGCAUUUCCUUAA